CUAUUUUAACUUUGCACUUUCCACCCAUACCCAUCUCCACAUUCGACACGACUACCUCGCAAUAACAUGUCCUGGCAAGCGUACGUUGACGACCAUCUCGUGGCCACCGGAAAAGUCAAGAAAGCCGCCAUCCUGGGUAAACAGGGUGGUGUUUGGGCCGCAAGCGCUGGCUAUAACCUCUCCCAGCAAGAACAGAACGCCGUCACCCAGACAUAUUUUCAGCAACCCGACAGUGUCCGAGCCAACGGCAUCACCCUUAACGGGUUUAAGUUUAUGUGUAUUCAGGCAACUCCUGAGGAAGUUAUCGGUCGUAAAGGUGAACGAGGGGUUUUCGUGAUCCCUACCAAUCAGGCUAUCCUUGUCGCUGAGUACGACGCUCCGACCUCCGCGGGCGAGGCCAAUGUCGUGGUUGCCAAACUUGCCGACUGGCUCAAGAGCGCGAGCUACUAAAGAUCUGUUCAUAUGAGAUAGUAGGGAAUGAGCCUCAAUGCAAUAAACAGGAAGUAAAUAUUGGAGGAGGAUUUCUCUCUUCAUACAAGGUGAUGAAAAUCAAAUGGUGAUGUGUUCACUUUUUGGUGCCUUAGAGCUUGAUCCUCCGUUGCAAUUUGUAGCAUCCUGGAAAGUGACAACUCGCCUUACAACUCACACUCACUCGCGGUUGAAGUUUGGUAUGUUAUAUUACAAUACAUUUACC